AUCAUAGACAGAGCACCAAUACCACUUCAGGGUGAAGUCAUCAACAGUCAAACAACAGCAGCAGCAGCAAACACCUCUUUUGCUCAGUACUAUCAUACGAACCCCCUACACGGUAGACAAAUGUGACCUGUCGCACCAACCGCGUCAUCACAAACCCCAUACACUUGGCUUGAAUACCUCACAGAGAACCUUCAGUAUGUAUGACUAGGACUGCUACUAUAAUUAUACCUCUCCACCACUAUCACACAGUCACCAAAUCACGCAGUCCCGAAGCUCCAUUACGCAGGAACAGACACCGACCAGCGGAACAACGCCUCACCUUUCCCCCUUCCCCCUUCAUCGAACCACUUUAUUCCCCGAGCUCAGAGGCUACUGCAGGAACGCGCUGGGUGAGGGAUCAUCAGGGGAGGUGGUGGCCAGUUGCCACCGCAUGGAGUACGCGCGUCGAGUUGCGAUCACUGCCCGGAUGGAUUGGUGAGGAAUGGGCUUUACCCCUGCAGGAUGCAUGAGAUUGAUCUUAUAGAUCGGAACAAGCUGCGAGUAAGCUUCGUAGAGUCGCUGUGAGGGUCGAUUAUGAUGGUUGAUUGUUUUGGUGAUUGCUUGUGUCUUGGUGGGGGUGGAUUGUGUGUAUUGGG